AUGCGAAAGGAGAAACGGGCUGUAUACUACCUUGACGAGACUUGGGUGAAUGCUGGGCACACCAAAGAAAAGGUGUGGGAGGACGCCUUCCGCAAAGGUCUCAUAACUGGGCUUCGCGCACCGAGCGGCAAAGGUGGUCUGCUCAUUGUCAUCCAUGCUGGAAGCGAAAACGGCUUCGUGGAUGGGGCAUCUUUCGUUUUCCGGGCGAAAAAGAGUGUUACCAGUGACUACCACAGUGAAAUGGAUGGCCCACGCUUUGAGAGAUGGUUCAAAGAACAACUUUUACCAAACAUUGAGCCACGGAGCUCUAAUGACCAGUUGAAACCCGAGCUCAUUCAGCUGGUUAACCAAAACAAGCAUCGUUCUUCUGGAUACCGGAUUGCCCUGGCCAAGGUUGCUGGUCAUGACAUUGUCCGGCUUCCUCCUUACCAUUGUGAAUUCAACCCUAUUGAAAGGGUAUGGAGCCAGGUCAAAGGGUAUAUUGCAGCCAACAGGUCGUUCACUCUUGCUGGAGUCGAAGAACUUCUGGACGAAGCCAUCGCCCUUGUGAGUCCAGAAAACUGGGCGUGCGACUGUGCUCAUGUGGUGCGUCUUGAAGAGGAGGCCUGGGAGCAGGAUGUUGCAAUCGAAAGCACGCUCGACGGCAUCCUAAUUACUCUGGGAUCUGACUCCUGCAGCUGCAGUGACAGUAGUGUCAGUGAAUUGAGUGGUAUGAGGAACUCUGGUGAACCCGGUGUGCGCUGGCUCAUGUGA